AUGCGUGGUGGGCGGGUCACGCUCACACCCGAGGUCAAGGCUGGCUGGGAGGGACAGAUCCGUGUGUGCCCUGUGGCCCAGGAGGGCCGCCCUGGGCGCGGUGAGGGCGCAGCCGCACGGAGGCCUCAGGAGCCGGGCCUGGAGACGGCCUGGGAAGGCCCCCUGCCCCGCCCAGGCCGCUCCCCAGGGUCCCGGUCACCAGUCUUUGGUCAGGACCAGGAGCCCACGGAGGCUGAGCCCGAGGGGAAGGGCUGGGGUGGGGGCGUCGAGGGGCCGGCGGAGGCUGCCAAGUGGCCCUCCCUGUCCCCUCUGCCCCCUGGGCUGAAGAAGCCCUUCCCCCACGGGCGGGACCACCCCCUCCCCACAAAGGCCCAGAAACCGCGCGGAGUCCGUGCCCCUCCUCGCUUAGAAGAGGGUCGGCUCCCGGGCCUCCGGGUCAAGUACGUCUUCCUGGUCUGGCUGGGCAUCUUUGCGGGCAGCUGGCUGGUGUACGUGCACUACUCGACCUACGCGGAGCUCUGCCGCGGCCACGUCUGCCAGGUGGUGAUCUGUGACCAGUACCGCAAGGGCAUCAUCUCCGGCUCCCUCUGCCAGGACUUGUGCAACUUGCACAAGGUGGAGUGGAAGACGUGUCUGUCCUCCGUCCCCGGCCGGCAGGUAUACAGCGGGCUGUGGCAGGGCAAGGAGGUGACUAUCAAGUGCGGCCUCAAGGAGGGCCCCGACUCCAGGGCCAGGUCGGACGCGGCCCCCCGGCAGGAGCUGGUGCUGUUUGACAAGCCCACGCGAGGCACCUCGAUUCAGGAGUUCCGAGAGAUGACCCUCAGCUUCCUCAAGGCAAACCUGGGGGACCUGCCGUCCCUGCCGGCGCUGGUCGGGCAGGUGCUACUCAUGGCCGACUUCAACAAAGACAGCAGGGUGUCGCUGGCGGAGGCCAAGUCUGUGUGGGCCCUGCUGCAGCGCAACGAGUUCCUCCUGCUGCUGUCCCUGCAGGAGGAGCACGCCUCCAGGCUGCUGGGCUCCUGCGGGGACCUGUACGUCACCGAGGGCGUCCCGCUCGGCUCCUGGCACGGGGCCGCUCUCCCACCCCUGCUGCGCCCGCUGCUGCCCCCCGCCCUGCACACGGCCCUCCAGCAGUGGCUGGGGCCUGCGUGGCCCUGGAGGGCCAAGAUCGCCAUCGGGUUGCUGGAGUUCGUGGAGGAGCUCUUCCACGGGGCCUACGGGACCUUCUACAUGUGCGAGACCACGCUGGCCAACGUUGGCUACACGGCCAAGUACGACUUCAAGAUGGCCGACCUCCAGCAGGUGGCGCCCGAGGCCGCCGUGCGCCGCUUCCUGCAGGGCCGCCACUGCGAGCACAGCGCGGACUGCACGUACGGCCGGGACUGCAGGGCCCCCUGCGACAAGCUCAUGCGCCAGUGCAAGGGCGACCUCAUCCAGCCCAACCUGGCCAAGGUGUGCGAGCUGCUGCGGGACUACCUGCUGCCCGGCGCGCCCGCCGAGCUGCGCGAGGAGCUGGCCAAGCAGCUGCGCACCUGCACCACGCUGAGCGGGCUGGCCAGCCAGGUGGAGGCGCACCACUCCCUGGUGCUGAGCCACCUGCGGACCCUGCUCUGGAAGGAGAUCUCCAACACCAAGUUCUCCUGAGUCCCGCCCCCCGACGCCCCCUCCCCCACCCACGAGGGCCUGCUCCUCCCUCUUCACCCUGCCACCCAGCCGAGGACAGGGCCAGGAAGGGGGUCCAGAGUGCUCCAGCGCCCCGCCAGGCCCGCCUUCCCAGCUCUCCAGACCCAAUCAGAUGGAGGGGCCGUGUAGCUGGACCGGGAGAGGCUGGGGGCGGGGGAGCAGGACGGAGCCCCCGGGACCUGACGACUACGGGCCAAAGGACUCUCCCAAGGUUUUGUGACCUUGAGGAACAUGUGAUGUAAAUAAACAGCUUUUCUGUGAGUGCCCUGGAGUCCCUCACGCUGGACCCUAGACCAGCAGCCAGCCACCUGGGCUCAGCAGUGGGGGCUGUCCAGGCUGGACGGAAGAUGCAGUGUGGUCCCCGGGAGUCUGGCUGCUGGAAAAGGCCCAGCGGGCAUCCAGGCGGGGUCUCCUAGAGCGCAGCCCCAUUCUGGGGGAGGCAGGAGGGGUGGGGAUGGGAUGGAGCCCGGCCUGCACCAUUAAGAACCCCACUUCCCACCGAGGUUCCCCGCCCCCUUCCUGCACGGUCUGGUACACAGAACACACGCUUGAGAACUCCAUGCAUUUCAGUGAGCCGCUGGGUGGAAAACCCAUCAUCUGGGAGAGUCUAGCGUUUUCCCUGCUCCUCCGCGAAGGGAAGCUGCAGGAGCCUGACCCCGCCCCCCACCUGGGGCUCCCACUGUUGAGAAUCUGCAGGCUGUGUGACCUGCCUCUGCUCUCCAGGCGGGUCGGGGGGUGGGGGUGGGGGAAGUGGACGAACUGGAACCGGGGUCGUGGCUUCAAGACCACCAUACAACGGCCAACACAGGACUGUCACUUCCGGACCCCAGAGACUGCCUGCCAGCGUCUCCCCACCCAGGUCACCUCCGGCAGGUGUUCCUGCGACCCCAGUGCCCGGGGCCAAGGCUGAGGCUGCGGAUUUCUGCAGGCUCGGCUCCAAGGGGUUAUUUACAACCCUGCCUGGGAAGUGACUCAGGAACUUGGGGUGGACAUCCCCCAGCCCACACCCUUCUCUAAAUGUCACCUGGUCAAAUAACCAGGAAGCAGCUCAGGAGAGCAAGGCCCACACCCCUUCGUCCUGAUCCAGCUUCCGAUAAGCAGACGGUUGAGUAAAAGUCCAGUCAAAACA